AUGAGUAUACCAUCAAGUAAAGUUCACAAAACAGAUAAAUAUAGUUGGAGUCAAACAUUGACAGAGGCAACGAUCACAAUCACCUCGGAUGUGGUAGUUAGAGGUAGAGACUUGUUUGUCAAGAUGGAUAAGCAAUACUUGACAGUAAAGAAUAAAAUAUCAAAUGAAAUAUAUAUAGAUGGUACAUUACAUAAAUCAAUAAAGAUUGAUGAUUCAACUUGGAGUGUUGUCGAUGGUAAAACAAUUACAAUAGAAUUAUUCAAGAUUAAAUCAGAAUGGUGGUCAUGUAUUGUACAAGGAGAACAAGAGAUUGAUGUUACCCAGAUAACACCCGAAAACUCAUCACUCAAUGAUUUGGACGGUGAAACAAGAACAAUGGUUGAGAAAAUGAUGUUUAACCAAAGACAAAAGGCUGCUGGUUUACCAACUACCGAUGAUGAAGAAAAAGAAAGACAUUUACAAGAGUUUAAAGAUUUGAACCCAAAUUUAGAUUUUAGUGGUGCAACAUUUAAUAAAUAA